AUGCUCGUCCUUUCACAGCUCCUUAUGGUGGUCGGUGCUGUGCGUCUGGAUACUGACACCGUGUCAGCUGAAAAGAGCACAAACCUCUGCGACCACUGGCUGUUCGUCCAGUAUCAAGGUGUCCAUGGUAUGGAGGAUGACACAUAUGGCUCCUUCCGAUACCUGGCAGAUGAAUGGAAGGAGGAGAAGAACGUGGUCCUUGCCUACAAGCAGCACGCCAACGGCUGCACCAAGACGUACCUGGCGAGCUGUGAGCAAGGAGGUUUCAUCCAGAAGGUGGAAUGUCCCGGCAAGGAGACGGUGCUCAACACGAAGUGCCUCGGGGGCUGGGCUUGCAUUUCAAGCAGGAAGACGGAUCUCGAGGAUGAAGAGACUGCUACCGUCUACGACCCAGUGAAUGGACCUGUGCACAUGUCGACUGGGAAGGUGAUGUUCUCCACGAUCGAUCCGGAUUCUGGUGUAACGUUGGAGCCGCUUAAAAAUACCGGCAUGGCCUGGAAAACGGAGCUGGGUUGCUAUUGCUGCCAGCAUUCCUACGACGGCUUGCACAACCCUUUCUCGGCCUCAGGUGAACGAGUGGCGUGGACACGCACGGGUGGCGGACGCACAGAGUGCAUGCUCGCCUUCCGAAUGAUUGGGAACGGCUUGGACCACGACAACAUUGCCGACAGCAGCGCCUUGGGGGUCUUUGCAAUGAUCCCAGAGUUCAUUGGCACCUUUCUGGACACGAUUACGGGCACCCUCGGCCGGCACCUAGCCUGUAAGGCCUCUUGUGCCCUUCGAAAGGUGGCCUUUGAGCCUAACAAGUACCCCUACACAAAGAUUUCCACGAGCGUUGACAAGUACUGA